AUGCACAUGAAUUUGCCCGUCGCGGGCAGCGACAGCGCCACGGCAGACGGUGUGGUUGCAGAGAUCAGAUCCGCCAACGGCCACGCCAUCGCCAACUACGAUUCAGUACUGGACGGCGCACGCAUAGUCGACUCAGCCUUGCGCGAGUGGGGGCGUAUCGACGUUCUCAUCAACAAUGCGGGCAUCGCCUACGCCACGCCUUUCAAGGACAUGACACCUGAGUUGUGGAAACGGAUGCUGGAUGUGCACAUUGAGGGUAGUUUCCAAUGCACACAGGCCGCGUGGCCGCACAUGCUCGAAGCCGGUUACGGUCGGCUGCUCUUCACCUCAUCGCCUUUCGGCUUGUAUGCAGCAGCAAACUUUGCACACUACGCCGCAGCAAAAGCGGCCAUGCUGGGGCUCGCCAAGGCGCUCGCGCUGGAAGGGAAGGCGCAUGACAUUCAUGCUAAUGCGGUAGCGCCGUUCUCGGCAAGCCGUAUGACUGGACGCUCCAAUGAAGAGCAGGAAGCAAGCCCGUUUGGUCCCCGUUAUCUUGCGCAACUCGCCGUUUGGCUGUGUCAUGCGGAUACUCAAGAGACAGGUGGUGUGUUCGAGGUCGGUGGCGGCUUUGUACAUCGCGUACGCAAUGAACUGAGUAACGGUUUGCAUCUGCCUGGGGACGAGUACUCCGCGGAGAACAUUGCCGCCAGCUCCUCCACCCUGGACGAUUUCAGUGCCAGCAUUCACCCUGGUUUAGGCGAAUCCUGGACCAUAGGCAGAGACGUCUUUGGUGAAGAAUGUGCUCAGCUGGUCAUUUACGCGGGUGAUGAGUGUCUGCUGAACGAGGCUUUCAGUCCUGCUCCUGUAGAUGUAUACGCAGUACAGAAAGGCCUGGUUGCAAUUCUUACAGUCAAAGCUCAGCAGAUCGGUCUGCUUCAGAUCAGUGACGCCAUCAAUCAACAUCUGGGUCCGGGAUGGACACAACUGGGCCCGGCGGACGAAGCCAGGCUGACCAUUGAAAACCUGCUGACCAUGACCACCGGUAUGGACGAUGAUUUACAACCGUUGGGAGAGAUUGGUCGCAGCUGGCGCUAUAACAAUACGGCGUACCAAUACCUGAAGAAAAUUCUAUGUCUACGUGCCGGCCACUCCCUGCAGGCAUUGUCCGAACUUUGGUUGUUUGAACCCCUGGGCAUGAAACAGACCACCUGGGUGGAACGUGCAUCCUUAAUGCCCGAUGGCACACCGAUCACGGGUUUGAUGUCCACGGCCUGGGACCUGGCGCAGAUGGGUCGGUUGAUACUGGGGCGAGGCAGCUAUGAGGGAAACAAGCUUCUGGUGGAUGACGGUGUGUUUGACCGGCUUAUUCAGCCGGGUUCCGAGGAGAACCCUGCGUGGGGUCUCUUGUGGUGGAACAAUCGUGGUAGCCAUUACCCGAUACCCAUGCAGGAACAUAAGGUUGUGCCAGGCUCCAUUCUUCCGAACGCACCGGCUGAUCUGAUGGUCGCCAGAGGCGCAAUGCAGAACCACGUCUCGGUUUCACCUUCGCUGAAUCUGGUGGUGGCUCGAACCACACAGGCACCGGUUGCGGGUGAGCGUCCGGUGCGUGCGGUUGUCAUAACCGGCAGUAGCGAUGAAUUUUUCGUACGCCACUUUUCGGUCGAAGAACUCGACGAUAGUGCUCAAGGGCAUGGUGCGCAGUGGGAAGUGAGCAUGAUCGAUGUGCUCCUGCGUCUUGAAGCGCUGCCUAAACCCGUCAUCUCCGCUUUGAACGGGACCGCUAUGGGUGGCGGGCUUGAGCUUGCACUGGCAACAGACAUUCGCGUCGCGAAGGAUGGUCCUUUCCGCUUUGGGCUCCCGGAGAUUUCAGUGGGCAUCCUGCCUGGUGGCGGGGGUACUCAGCGCUUGAGUGCGCUGAUCGGCCGUCACCGCGCGCUGCUGAUGAUGUGGCGUGCGAAACUCUGCACGCCGAGCGAAGCGCUCGAGAUUGGCCUCAUCGAUGAGUUGGUUGACCUGAACGAGAAGGCGACGGCGUUGGAUCGCGCCAUAGAACUGGCAAGCGAAAUCGCUGCGCGCCCUCCCUUAGCGGUUGCCCACAUCAAACGUCUUGCGCAAACCUCAGCGAGUCCUGUAACGAAAGAAAUGUUGCAGCUCGAAGGAGGCGCUAUGAAGAUUGGCUGCAUACCCAUAAACAUCGGCCUUGAUGGGGAAUCAAUGGUACGCAUCGCACAGCAUGCGGAGAAUGUGGGUGUUGAAUCACUCUGGACCUUCGAGCACGUCAUGGUGCCCGAAGAUUAUGUAUCAAAAUAUCCGUACAGCGCUGAUGGAAAGAUGGGCGCUGCACCGGAAACCAGCUUUCUUGAUCCACUCAUCGCGUUGGCCACAAUUGCCGCGCACACAAAAACUAUCCGUCUGGGCACCGGGGUCAAUAUCCUGCCGCAGGUCAAGCCCCUGUUGUUGGCCAAACAAGCUGCGAGUAUCGACGUGCUGUCCGGUGGACGGCUGAUGCUUGGGCUCGGUAUUGGAUGGCUGCAGGAAGAAUUUUCUGCCAUGGACACACCUUUUGAAAAGCGUGGCGCGCGCUUUGAUGACUACAUUGCCGCCAUGAAAAAAGUCUGGUCAGGUGAUGCCAUUGAACACGAUGGCGAGUUUGUUCAGUGGCAGGGGUUCAAAAGCUACCCAUUGCCGGUACAGCAGCCUCUGCCUGUUCACAUCGGUGGUUCAAAAGGCAAGGUGAUGCAGCGCAUCGCCCGCUAUGGCGAGGGAUGGUACGCCCCUGAGGCUGCGCCAGAUCGCAUGCGCCAAUCACUGGAUGAAUUGCGACAGGCAUGUGAGGCGGAAGGCCGGGAUUUCAACACAAUUGAGAUCACCUCUAGCGGCAGCAUGGACGCAGAUCACAUCAAAGCGCUGGAAGAGGUUGGCGUGCACAGGGUGACGCUGCCGCUGUUUGGCCUGGCCGGCGAAAAGGACAUUUUUGCGGGCCUUGAUGCGCUGGGUGAGUUCAUUCAGGAGAAGUACCGCCUCGAACGUGAUAAGCGCCUGCGACCAGAUGGUAGUAAACAGUACCAGGAGGUUACAGGCGAUUUUGCUCGUUAUGUAGACGACCCUUAUGUCGAAGAAGUGAUCGCUCGCGAUCCGCUGUUUGAUGACGUCGAGGUUGUCGUGAUCGGCGGUGGUUUUGGAGGGCUCAUUACCGCUGCACGACUUCGCGAGGCAGGGGUAGAGAAGAUCCGCAUGAUCGAAAAAGGCGGCGACUUUGGCGGCACGUGGUACUGGAACCGCUAUCCCGGUGCAGCCUGUGACGUGCAGUCCUACAUCUAUCUACCACUGUGCGAAGAACUUGGUUACGUACCUAAAGAAAAAUAUGCGCACGCACCGGAAAUCCUGGCUCACAGCCGCAGGAUCGGCGAGCACUAUGAUUUGUAUGAAGAUGCCUGUUUUCAAACGGAAGUGUCCGGGCUUGAAUGGAAUGAAGAUGAGGCUCGCUGGAUCAUCAGUACAAAUCGUGGCGAUGCGAUGCGCGCUCGGUUUGUAGUGAUGUCGAACGGACCUUUGAACCGCCCGAAACUUCCAGGCAUUGACGGGCUAUCCGAUUUCAAAGGGCAUACGUUUCAUACCAGUCGUUGGGACUAUGACUACACAGGUGGUGGUCCGGAUGGGGGUCUGACCGGGCUCGCAGACAAACGGGUAGGCAUCAUUGGUACGGGUGCCACCGCGGUCCAAUGUAUUCCCCAUCUGGGGGAGGGUGCAAAGGAGCUGUUUGUGUUCCAACGCACCCCAUCAUCGAUUGAUGUCCGCAAUAACAAGCCCACCGACGAAAACUGGGCUGAAAAUCUUCAACCAGGAUGGCAGCGGGAGUUGAUGGAGAACUUCAACUCACUGACUUCCGGCGAAGUGCUGGAAGAGGACCUCGUGCAGGAUGGGUGGACCGAGAUUAUUCGUAAUCUCUUGUCUCUUUCGAACUGGCGUGCAGAGGGCGUGGACUGGUCUGAGAUACCGAAGCUGAUGGAAUUGGCGGAUUUCGAGAAGAUGGAGCAGAUCAGGUCUCGAGCGCAAGCUCUGGUGGAUGACCCGCAAACGGCCGAGGCACUCAAACCCUACUACAGACAGUUUUGUAAACGGCCCUGCUUUCAUGAUGAAUACCUACCCACUUUCAACCGGGAAAACGUGCACCUGAUUGACACCGACGGUAAGGGUGUUGAGAAAAUCACCGAGCGCGGAGUAGUGGCCAAUGGUGUCGAAUACGAGUUGGACUGCAUUGUGUUUGCCACAGGGUUCGAAGUAGGUACGGAAUACACCCGUCGCUCUGGAUACGAUCUGGUGGGUAAAGAUGGCCUUACCCUCAGUCAGAAAUGGUCUGAUGGCAUACGGACGCUCCAUGGCUUACACACUCAUGGUUUCCCUAAUCUGUUUGUGAUGAGCAAUGCGCAGUGCGCCUUCACCGUAAAUUUCCCUCACGCCAUGGAUGAAACGGCGACCCAGAUUGCGUACAUCGUGGACCAGUGCAGGCGCGGAAACAUUCGUACAGUGGAAGCCAGCAAAGAAGCGGAAGAUGCCUGGGUUGAGGAGAUUGUCUCGAUGGCUCGCUUCAGUGAAGAAUUCCAGUCGUCCUGCACACCCGGCUACUACAACAAUGAAGGUCAGCCGAAUCCCAAGAGUGUGCAGAACGCCAGUUAUGGUAAGGGCCCAAAUGCGUUCUUUGCGAAGAUGAAAGACUGGAAGAACAUGGCGAUCGAACUGAAAUCAAACGACCUGGAUUUUUCUCCGCUGCAUGCGGCGGUACAACGAUACGUGGACAGUGGCGUCAUUCCGUUUGCCAACUCGGUGGUAAUGCAGGGUACGGAUGUCGUUGAUCUGCAUUUCUACGGAGACACGCUCCUAGAGUCAGGAAAACCCCUUGCGGAAGAUUCCAUCUUUCGUAUGCACUCCAGUACGAAACUCGCCUGCUCAAUCGCGUUGAUGCAAUUGUGGGAGGCGGGAUCGUUCAAACUCGAAGACCGCCUGGAAGACUAUAUUCCGGCAUUUGCGGAUAUGCAGGUAUUGAAAGAGGACGCUACAGAAAUCGAUGAUACAGAGUCCGCUCAUGGCAGUAUUCGGAUUAAUCAGGUGCUGUCUCACACAGCGGGGCUGAGCUACGGUUUCAUUGAUCCGGAAGGACUGAUUGACGGUGCCUACAAUCAGGCCGGAGUGAACCCGAUGGUUCCGGGAAUGACGUUGGAGUCGCUGUGCGAACAGCUAGGGAAAUUACCGCUUGCUUAUCACCCUGGGACUUUCUGGCGCUACAGCUUCGCCACUGAUGUCUGCGCUCGAUUGGUAGAAAUACUCUCUGGGCAACGGUUUGAUGAGUAUUUGAAGGCGCAGAUCUUUGAACCCCUCGACAUGGUAGACACAGAUUUCUAUGUCCCGAAAGAAAAACUGGACCGAUUUACCACCAUGUAUCUGCCAGAUGUUCCUCUGGACCCCAUGAGCGCCUGUCCAACACCAGCGGAUGUGCCGAGCACCAGUGCAAACCGGAAUUUACCUUCUUUUCUCUCUGGUGGUGGUGGCCUGAUGUCUACGCUGAUCGAUUAUUUGAACUUUGCCAGGAUGAUCGCGGCAGGCGGAGAGUGGAAUGGAGAGCGAAUCAUUCAAACUGAGACCCUCGAACUCAUGCGAACCAACCAAUGUGCGGAAGGGGUAACUGUGAACUUCCCUAUGUGGAGUAUGCCGGGUACGGGAUUUGGUCUGGGCUUUGCAGUAAAAGAAAAGCCGGCCGAGGGAGAAUCGGAUUCAGCGAUCGGAGAAUAUCACUGGGGAGGUAUGGCUGGGACUCACUUCUGGCGAGUGGUUUGGAUCAAAAACCUGGUUCCCGCCGAAGACACUAGCAUGGCGCAGACCUCCGCGCUGCCUGCAAAACAGCGCAUGUUCAAAUCGCUGCGCAGCCGCGAUUUCCGCUACCUUUGGAUCGGCAAUCUCGCCGCCACAUUCGCCAUGCAGAUGCAGAUGGUGGGGCGGGGCUGGCUGAUAUACGACAUGACCCAGUCUCCGGUCCAACUUGCCUGGGUAAUGAUGGCUUUCUCGCUGCCGAUGAUGCUGUUCUCGCUAUACGGAGGAGUAGCCGCCGACCGCCUGACCAAAAAAUGGGUCAUGGCCUGGGCCCAGGGAGCGAACUGCGCAAGCACCUUUGUGUUGGCAGCCAUUGUCAUCAGCGGCCUCGUCGAGUUUUGGCAUUUCAUUGCGUUCGGCUUGUUCAACGGCACUGUCAUGUCGUUCAGCAUGCCAGCCCGGCAGGCCAUGAUUCCGGAACUCGUGGGAGACGAUCAGUUGGUGAACGCGGUAGCGCUGAACUCUGUAACGAUGAACCUGUCUCGCGUGCUGGGUCCAAGCAUGGCCGGCCUGAUCAUAGCCAUCGUCGCCGCGGGUGACACUGGCUCACAGUUCGGGGUAGGCGUGUUGUUCCUCGCCAACGGACUGCUUUAUCUGAUUUCUGUGCUUACGGUCGUGGUGCUCGACCACAAGGGCAAGUCUCAGCUGCUGGAGCGAGGCACCAUCCGCAACGACAUGCGCGAUGGCCUGCAGUACAUCUGGCGCCACCAGCUGUUGCGCGGCCUGAUCAUCAUGACCUUCAUUCCGCUGUUGUUCGGCUUUCCCGUGCAGUCGCUCAUGCCAGUGUUCAACCACGACGUGCUGCACGGCGGCCCGGACGAUCUCGGCAUGCUGCUGAGCGUGAUGGGGGGUGGCGCCAUCUUGGGCUCGGUGAUGCUAGCCCGCAUCUCGGAUACCAAGAGCAAAGGCACCAUCCUGUUCGCCACUGCGUUUGCGUGGGCGGUCUUUCUGGGCGCCUUCGCGCUUUCGCCGUCGCUGUGGUUUGCGCUCGCCACAUGCGCACUCAUGGGGCUUGCCAGCUCCGUAUUCAUGUCGCUGCACAUGAGCAUCAUCACGCUGAUCAUCGAGCCCGAGAUGCGUGGACGGGUAAUGAGCAUCAUGAUGAUGACGUUCGGGCUGAUGCCCGUGGGAGCCCUACCGGUGAGCUAUUUCGCCGAAACCAUCGGAAUUGACGUGGCGCUAGCCGGUUGCGCGCUGGGGCUGGCAGUGUUGACUUUGGUCAUGCUGAUCUGGGUCCCGGGUUUGCGUCACAUCGACGUGGCCAACAAGGCGCCGUUGCGCAGUCGCGUCGACGGCUAG